UGGGUGUCCCUUUACGCUAUCUUGAUUGUGGAAAUCCAUGCAACAUGCACCAUGCACAACGCGCCAAAAGUUUGAAUAGAUUACCACAAUGAAGUACUUUCCGUCGCCUAUCAGAAUUGUGCCUGAUGGCUUCAUGUAUUAAAGGUCUGGUUUGUGGGAUUGCAGAAGAGGCAAAGCUCCAUUAAUCUCUAAAAGGAGAAACUUCCAUUCCAUGGGCACCUUCGUAGGGCACAUUAUACCUGGUUUGGCACUCACCCUACUCGGUCUAUGGCACACCAUCAACACCAUCACAACCUUUUUUCUCAAAAGCCCCGCUAACUUUAGAGUAAGGUUUUGGUACCCUUUUCAUGGCCCUCUAUCCAAGCUUAAGCACUUGGAGCUCAUUUUCAUCUUAUCUUUCUCUGUUUUUGCAAUUUUCAUGCAACUUCUAGACUACCCUUUCCUUCGUUUUGCUUUCAAGCUUGACAACUUCGAGCAUGCAACCAUGUUCCUCCACCUUGCUAUUUUUGCUGGUUUUACCCUUUCUGCAGAGCUGACUCAUUCAUCAGAGACCCUCUCUGGGGUUGUUGGAAUCCUUGCAGCCUCCGUAUUUGGUCAGGAGCUUUUUCUACUGCAUUUCCACUCGGCUGAUCAUGUUGGUCUCGAAGGCCACUACCAUUGGCUAUUGCAGCUCAUAGUGUUUGUCUCUUUCGUCGCUGCUCUGGCAGUGACAUGUUUCCCGACCAGUUUUCCGGCGGCUCUUGUUCUUUCGAUUUCAGUCGCACUACAAGGGUGCUGGUUUAUGCUUAUGGGGUUCAUGUUAUGGGCUCCUCAGUUUGUCCCGAAAGGUUGCGUUUCGGAUUUGGGUCGUGCCGACAUGAUUGGAGCAGUCACUUGUGAGUCUAAAGAGGCUGAUUUGAGAGCGAAAGCACUGGGUAAUUUGCAAUUCAGUUGGAUGGUUUCAGGACUUUUGAUUUUCAGUGGAUGCAUUUGCUUGAAAUUAGCUGGAAAAUGCACCACAGGGGAGCAGUCAACUGAGUAUGAGCAACUUCAGAGCAGAGGUGUAGAUCUCCCUAUAUUGACUAAUGGCUUCAAGCAAGCUCAUCCAUAAGAAUUGUAGUAUGUUAAACCUGGAAAUCAUGUCCUUUCAAUGACUGAAAGAGCACAUGAAUUUUGCUCUAUGCAUCAAUAACAUAUGGAUUCAAUUAGGGAUAAAUAACAUUGUACCCACCACCUCUGCAGCCUGCAGGUAUAGGUGUUUGUGAAAAUGACUAUUAUUAUACAAUCAACAAUUGUGUAAUAACACUAUGAAGGACAAAGUACUAAUAUUCUAAAUCACAAGUGGAUCAAGUGUCAUAUUUUCUCUAAGUACAGGGGAUUUGCAGAUGCAUAAAUGGAUGAAUUGAAGUGUCAUAUUCAA